CAUUUUAUAUCAUCGGUCACCGGUGACCAACACGACGGUUAAAAUUUAACAUGUUUUAAAAUGUGUUAAAAUGUAGUGAAAAAGUACGCAGUAGAGAAUAUACCAUAAGAAGAAGGUAACAGAAAAGAGAAAUAGCGAGAAGCAGACGAAGUUUCUGCAGACUAACUCCAACGGAUGCAAGAUAUCCCACGAUGGGGAACGCUCUUGCGUUUCUUAAACGUUCUACGCGUAAGUCGCACGUAAGGCGGAAUUGGAGAAGAUGAGACGUAAGAUGAGAAGCAACCCAGUUUAAAAGACGUUGCGCGCCCGUCAUUAGCGUAAUCGUUGCUAAUGACGCAUCUUCCCUUCCUAUUUGCGUGGUCCAUUCAUGACGUGCUUUUUCGUGGGUGGACUAUAUAAAUGUGUUUACAUCUCCUCCUCGUUCUUCUGUGUUCUGCAGGAGCUUGCAGCAGUCGAUGUACAUACAUAUUGGCCGCGUGAAUAAUGCAUCUUCCUGUUUGCGCGAGUAUCGUUGCCGAGUGACGCGAACGAAGACGAAGAAAGACCUGGAAACGUGAAGUUUUAGAUAUUUUCCUUCGGUAUUGUGAUUUCUGAUCCGAAAAUUCAGAGAUUUCCAAAAAGAUGGCACGUUCGAUGAUUGGGGAUGGAGCGCUCGUUUUAUUCUUCAUUUUAUUUUUCUCUCGACUUGCGUUGGGCUCAUAUGAAUCCGCACCGCACAUAAUUAUCUUCAUGGCUGAUGAUCUGGGGUGGAACGACGUCAGUUUCCACGGCUCGAACCAAAUACCCACUCCGAAUAUAGACGCUCUAGGGUAUAAUGGGAUUAUACUGAACAGACAUUACGUCUUACCGUCCAGCACCCCCUCCAGAGCCGCGUUUUAUACGGGAUUGUAUCCGAUACGUAUAGGUAUGCAGGGACAAGGUAUACAAGGGGGCGAACCGAGAGGGCUCCCCCUUCAUGUGAGGCUCUUGCCGGAAUACCUGCGCGGUUUGGGGUACACGACGAAGCUGAUCGGCAAGUGGCACGUGGGGUACCACACACCCCAGCACAUCCCCGUGCAUCGGGGUUUCGACUCGUUCUUCGGCUUCUACAACAGUCACGUUUCGUAUUACGACUACAGGUACUCGCAUAAGAAUAUGACCGGGUACGAUAUGCAUCGCGGUGACGUUCCGGCUUACGGGCAAGCUGACAAGUACGCGACGGACCUCUUCACCGACGAAGCGCUCAAGAUCAUCGAAAAUCAUGAGUCAUCCCGGCCGCUCUACCUUCAGAUAUCGCACCUGGCUGUUCACGGGCCUCUCGAGGGCCCGCACGAUUAUACUUUCGACCAGCGAUUUAUGCACAUCCGAGAGCCAGAACGCCGCAAGUACGCCAGGACGGUGACCCGAUUGGAUGAUUCUGUCGGACGCAUCGUUCAUUCCCUGGGUGACCGGGGGAUGCUGAGGAACUCGCUGAUCCUCUUUCUCACUGACAAUGGUGCAGCGCCCAUUGGCAAGUCCCGCAAUUACGGCUCCAACUAUCCCCUGCGGGGCAUGAAGUAUACCCUGUACGAGGGUGGUGUGAGAGGAGUCGCCGCGUUGUGGUCACCAAGAUUGCGCAAAGCGGCGCGGGUAUGCGACGAGCUAAUGCACAUAACCGAUUGGCUGCCAACUCUCUAUUCUGCCGCUGGUGGUGACCUGCAAGACCUGGGGGAGAUCGAUGGGGUCGAUCAGUGGCGCAUGUUGAGCGAGGGUCAUCCGAGAACCCGGGAGAAACUAUUGCUGAACAUCGACGAGAUCUCCAGGACCGAGGGGGCUAUAUACAAACAAUACAAACUUAUUCGAGGAUCGAUCGAGGGUGGCUACUACGACGGAUAUUACCGUUACCUGGAGAACAUCGUGUUGAAAGAUCCUCGUGUUGAAAGGAAGAAGGUGGAGGAAGACACGCCAUCCUACACGGACACCGUCCUGAGGAGCACGGUGUCGCAGAGCAUCACUCAUCAUCUGGGCGGUCCAGUCACUCAACCCAGCACGAUGGUUCAGUUGCGACGGGAUGCCACGGUCCAUUGCCAGAGCUUCAUGUAUUAUAACAACAACAGCUUUACCACUUGCAAUGUCACCGAGUGCCUGUUUGACAUCGACAAAGAUCCUUGCGAGACGAAGAACAUUGCCGAGCAAUUUCCGAGGAUGGCUCGAGAACUGGACCUGUUCCUGGAACAAUACGGACAUAAUAUCACGAGGCAGGUCAAGGUGCCGGUGGACUGGCAAGCGGACCCACGAAGAAUGAACAACACUUGGGACCCAUGGAUAUCUCCUGGUGAAAUAUCGUAUCCGACGAACGCGGCAGUCCACUUGAUCAGUUUCAUCUAUUGCCUUCACAUCGGGAUGCUCCUCGUGAUAACCGCGUACAAUUCUUUUGUUUAAACGACUGACGCACGCAAUCACAUGGUGCGUAUCCAUCCGAGAUUGGGAGAAACUGGUCUCAGACUAGCCAAGUGUAGCCCAGCAAGCUUUGGCUUUGAUUGAUCAAAUCCCAAACUCCGAGUCUCAAUCCUGUGUCUCAAUCCCGUAUGCGUAGUCUGAUACUUUUAGUACUUUGGUACCCCCUUGUCUGUGCCCUUUAGAAGAGGGUGCAGGGAAAAGAGGGCAACAAGUAAAUUCGCCAAACUAGAAAACUUUCUAGCUAUAUUGGCAAAUUUAUUUACGUUAAUUACAUUAGCAAUGUAUGUCAGCUAUGUUAGCAAAUUUAUUUACAGGUGCAGCUAAGAAUUGUUCUAGUGAAUUUAACGAAUCCACUUGCUGCCUUUCCUUUCUAGAUACUGAGCAAAAUAUUACGCAAUGUCGCGCAGCAUCUUUUUAGAUCAACACGUGCAGAUGAAAUGUUUACACCUAGAUGAAUGGCACAUACACAGAUGAAUAACACAUAAGCGUGUUGUUAAUUUGUGAACUACACUUUUAGUGUCUUGGUGAAUUAUUAUAAUUGUGCUGAAAAAACACUCGUUUCUUCGCGCGUUAGUUUUUAUAAUAUAAUAUUUAUAAUUAUGUCACAUUGAUGAUUUAUUGCGCAUUUUUCUUGUCACUCGGUUGUCUACGUAAUCAUAAUCGUCAGCAGACUUUGAAAGUCCCUUUCGUAGGACACACGACUCGCUCAGGAUUGGCAGUUAUUUAAUUACCAAGUUCCGCUGGCUGCAAGAUACAUCUAUGUAUUAAAUACGUGUUCAAACCUGUUUUUCCUUUUUCUUGCAAGUUUGUGCACGUGAUAGUUGCAGAUAAAUGCAAUCGCAAGCGACCGAGAUAGUCAACUUUCUUUGCCGGAUUCUUGUUGAGUUGAGAAACGAAGUACCGAUUUAUUCCGCGUGUUACGUUCAACAUCCAUAGUUGCAUCUUCAUUGCGCUUUUAUCGAAUCACUUAAAUUCGCGAUAGAAUCAAGUGAUGUUAAACGCAAACAAACUGACUAUUUUUGCUUUGGUCUUCUAGCCGUUUGUCUUGCGUGCUCUUGAUGAGAGAAAUAAUGCCAGAUUAAUUUGUCUUAAUGCGUGAUCAGCAUCGUUUCAAGUUUGAUCCAGAUUUUUGUCAUGUAAAUAUAUCUGAAGUUAUUAUUAUAUUAAAGUGAAACAGAAAAAUACCUCCCUUAGAAUUAACACCUUACUGUAAUGUAUUUUAUAAUUAGCGAUCCAUAGUCGUACAAUUAAACAAUAAUUUAUUAUUAACCGUAUUAAUGGUAUAUGAGCGAUAAAUAUAUGUAACAUCGAAAUAAAAUCAGUGUAAGUA